UUUAUUCAGAGCAAGAUGGGCUGGUACAAUAUUUUGACUGGAUUUCUACAAUUGCAUUUCUUUCAAAUGGCUGUUUCCCACUGCAUGGUGUAUCAGAUUCCCCCACAGAGCUUUCAGUUACCUUGCGUGCAACCACAGAAGAUUUCUAACUUUUCUUUGCUUUCUGAGAUUGUGGAAAAUAGUCCUAUUUCAAACAAAGAGCAUGCUACAAGUAAAACCAAUGCAACGGCUCUGGCAGCUGAAGAUAAAUUCCUUUGUUGCCACUGGAGUGAAAUAUCUAUUAAUUGUAUUAUAUAUACAGCAGAGAUGGAAGCCAGAGCAUUUACUUUCUCAGAACCUGGUGCUUUAUCAUCUCAUCAAAUAGAUUCAUUGUGGAAUCUACAGCUUUGGACUCAAGAAAGCACACAGGAAUUAUUGUGUAUUGUGGAAUUGUCUACCAAGUCACCGUACUGGAAUGAAGACCUUACAGUUAGUCUGCAUUAUGCAUUAACAGAUGUAUCAUUGGAAGCAACUUCUACACAUUCACUGAAGGACAAUUUUACAGUUACUCACUGCAAUUCUAUAAGAGACCAAAAAUAUGCAUGCCAAAUACCUUCAGUAAAACUCAACCAUACUUACAUUAUGUGGCUCAGGAUCACAGAUGGAAUAGCAUUGCUACAAUCGCCAUUAAUGUCUGUCAAGCCUAUCGAUAUUGUAAAACCUGAGCCUCCAUUACAUCUCAAAAUGGAAAUGACAGACAAAGGUCAGUUAAAGAUCUCUUGGUCUAGCCCAGCAUCAAAAUCAUAUCCACUUCAGUAUGAAAUAAAAUGUUUUGCCAAUUCAACUAAAAAUGUCUGGCAGGUGGUUCAGAUUACCUUGGAAACUUCAUUGAUCAUUAACAAUGCUCUAUUUGAUUCUUCGUACUACGUUCAAGUGCGGUGCAAAAGGCAUUAUGGAUCAGGCCUUUGGAGUGAUUGGAGCAUACCUUAUAGCAUGAAUCUGCCAGAUGUAAUGUAUUUUCCUCAAAAGAUCCUGGCAAGUGCUGGAACAAAUGUUUCAUUUUACUGUAUCUACAAAAACAAAGACAGGAUAAUUUCAUCCCGGAAGAUAAUCUGGUGGUUGAAUUUAGCAAAAGAAAUCCCUAGAAGUCAGUAUACAAUUGUGAAUGACUACAUUAGCAAAGUUACACUUGUCAACUUCAGCGCAAUGAAGCCUGGAGGGGAAUUUCUCUUCAAUGCCUUAUACUGUUGCGAUGAGAACAAGGAAUGCAAUCACCGUUACGCUGAACUGUAUACAAUAGAUGCUAAUAUCAGCAUAACAUGUGAAACCCAUGGUAAUUUACAAAAAAUGACUUGUAGAUGGUCCACCAACAGAAACCCACUGCUUUCAGAGAGCACCUUGUUGUUGAGAUAUUACAGGAGUGAUGUCUAUUGUUCAGAGUCUCCGACCAUGUCUUCUUAUUCAGAGAUAAAAGAAUGCCAACCCCAAAGGAACAAUUCUUAUGAGUGUAUCUUUCAGCCUUUUUACCUUCUUUCUGGAUACACAAUGUGGAUAGAGAUUAAGCAUUCAUUAGGAACAGUUACAUCUCAACCAGUGUGUAUCCUUCCUCAAGAAGUAGUGAAGCCAUUUUCUCCCACCAAUGUCAAAGCCGAAAUCACAGAAGAAGUAGGGCUGCUCCUUGUGAGAUGGAAUAACCCAGAGCUUCCAAAGAAUGAUCUUCAGUUUCAGAUUCGGUAUGCUGUCAAUGGAACAGAAAUUAAUUGGGAGAUGCAAGAAAUUUCUACUCCAUCUGUUAGCUUUGCCACUGUAGUUGUGCCGGAUCCCUGCACAGUUUAUAUUGUUCAGGUGCGUUGCAGCAUGACUGAUGGAGUUGGUUAUUGGAGCGACUGGAGUAAACCUGCUUACACUGUUGUCAAAGAUAUCAAAGCCCCAUUGAGAGGACCUGAAUUCUGGAGAAUUGUUAAUGAAGAUCCAGUGAGGAUUCAGAACAAUAUAACACUAUUUUGGAAGCCACUGAUGAAGAAUCUUUCUUUAUGCAGCGUGUUAGAAUAUAUGGUAGAGCAUACAACUUCAGAUAAUGUUACUUGGUCAGACUAUGUUGAAAAUGACACAGCAUAUACAUUUUUGUGGGCUGAGGAUGUACAUACCAUUAAGGUUCUAGCCAUCAAUUCAAUUGGAGCUUCUCCUGUGAAUUUUAUUUUAACUCUGUCAAAACAAAUGAGCACAGUAAACAUUGUGGAAUCUCUGAGGACUUAUCCUGUAAACAGCAGUUGUGUCAUUGUGUCCUGGACCCUUUCACCCAUGUCUUAUAUUAUUACAUCAUUUGUAAUUGAAUGGAUAAACCUGAAUGGGGAAGAGCAAAUAAAAUGGAUAAUGGUUCCUUCGGAUAUUAGAAAGUACCACAUUUUUGAUGAUUUCAUUCUCAUUGAGAAAUAUAGAUUUAGUUUGUAUCCAAUAACCUGGAAUGGAGUGAUGAAGCCCUCGGUGACAGAUGGAUUCUCCAAAGGUGACAUGGAAAAUCAGAAUGAUGUGAACUUCUAUGUUAUACUACCCUUAGUUAUUUCAUGUUCAGUUUUGCUGCUUGGAGCUUAUCUGAUCCUGCACCAAAGAAUGAAGAAGUUAUUUUGGGAUGAUGUCCCAAACCCCAAGAAUUGCUCCUGGGCACAAGGAGUUAAUUUUCAAAAGAGAAUGGACAUUCUUUGAAGUCUAAUCAUGGUCACUGCCUGAUGAACCAUUGUGACAGCUCCCAAGCUUCCUGUACAGAGUUGUUAGAAGAAUUAUCUAUUUGAAUUCAGAAGACAUAAUUACUUACACGUUAUUUCUUUAUCUGCUGACUUGUUUCCUAGUGUCGGAAAUAAUUUUGUUCAGUAAUGACAUACAGUUCUGACAACACUGCCAAUAUUUCAGUCCAGAUCAAGGUUUGUUACGUGUAAGAAAAAACACAUGGGUAUUGAAAGAAGGAGACAGUGUGUACUAUGCUGUUUUCCUUUCUCUCUAAACACUCAG